AGCGAGUCUUUCCGAUUGACCCUCGGCCGCCGCUGCAGCCUGCUGGCCUCUGAAAGGCCCGGCUCCGGGCUCCACUCGCCUUGUUUUGCGGCCACGACUCAGGGCUGCUCUGGGAGCCACAACAAUGCCAUGAUGUUUUGGAGACAGGAAGCCCCAAGCUGGCCGCGAAUGAAGGACUUCCUGUGUUUAAAGUUGCAGGAAUAUCCGCCGACCAGCCCAGUUCAAAUGCAAACACCCGAACUAGGGAGGACGAAUGGCUAAUUCAGACCAGCUGGACUCUCCAGGGCUGGAACUGAGGAUAAAAUGAAAGGAAUUCUUAGGAGCUUGGGCCACAUUUGAAGACGAGAGGGGUUGUGCCAUUGUUAUUAAAGGACACAAUCGAUAUAAAUCCCCUGCUUCCUACUCUGCUCAGGUGAGAAGUGAAUGGAACUAGAUGUUGAAUAGGACUUGUCAAUAUCAGAUUUUUUAAAAACUGACAAUUAGAGCAGGGCUCUUUAAAAGAAAAAAAAGCAGAAGCCAUACAAAGAAAUUUUUGUUUGUUGAUUACAUUAUACCAUUUAUCUGUCUGCAACUAUGAGGCUGCUAACCUGUGAGGAAAAGCUGUUCCUUUUAGAGCUUCUCCGAGAAUGAUUUCAAAGUGGGACUUACAGGCCUUUCUGGAGGGAAAAUUCAAUUGCUGGUUUGAGGUUAUGAACAUGUAAAAGGAUUUUUAACUUAUGCAGAAUGCACUUUGGGGGAAACCGUAAGAAACUUCUAAAAGGUUGAUGGUUCAUCUUGAUUGAAAAAGUAUGGGUAAGCCACUCAGCAGGCCAGACUGUUUAAGGCGGAACCCCACCUGCCUGGGGAAAGGAGAGGAAGAAGACGGCUAUAUAGAGGAUUGCUAUGUCCCACAGCGAUCUAUAUAUGAUACAAUGAGAAUAAAUGAACAAAUUGACCAGGGUUCAAAGCUUAAUCAGACUUCAAAAAGCACUAUGGAAAAGAUGGAAGGAAGUACUAUAUCCAGCAAUGGUACACUAGGAGCAGCAUCCAAUGUUUUUGAAUCCAGAGCACCGGAAGGCAAAAAGUUGGAUGAGAGAAUAAUAUUUGAUGCCCUAAAGCUGAGCAGUGAUGUGCAAAAGUCAGCACCUGUGCCACCCAGAAGGCGGCCAAAUGCAGAACGCAAAGACAAUGUUAACAGGAGAUCGUGGAAGUCCUUCAUGCCACCCAAUUUCCCAGAAUUUGCAGAAAGGAUGGAAGCCUCUCUCAGUGAGGUUUCCGAAGCUGGUGCUUCAAAUCCUUCCUUGCAAGAGAAGAAGGAAUCCAUUUCUGCAUUAGCAGAAAGUUCUGGUCGUUUGGAUCACAGGGAACCUCAGUCAGAGUCAGUAACUCUGGAGCAUGUGUCCAAAUCCGUAGGUAUUCCAGAAGUGCAGGAUGUGAAGAACUUAGGUGGAGACUGCCAAGACUUCAGAUUUCAGCAGCACAGUGAGAGCUCUCCUCAUGAAUUCCAGCCUCUAGCGUCAGAAGCUGCAGCAUCAAGUGGUAACACAGAUGUAAUGCAGGAGCACAGAUUCUCAAGUGCAACCUGGCCCAGAGCCCUGAAAAGUUUGGCUAAGGGAGGCUUCAGCGAGAAGCAGCACCCCCUUGGGGCCACAGCUUGCACUGUAGAAUUGCCACCUCUCUCCCCUUGCUUGAGUGAAGAGCUUUUGGAUCCAGAGUUGCAUAUUCUCUUAACUCCCAGCUUGAGGGAGAAAACAGAGUCUGAGCUAAAGUUUGAAGAGGAUGAGCGAUGGAUCAUGAUGGAGGCUGAGGAGUGGGAGGAAGAGAAACUGUCAGAGAGAGAAAAGACUUUUAUAGUGGCAGAUGAGGAAAAGAACAGCCUGGCAGAUAUUUUUGAAGAAAGAGAACAAGCAGACCCUGUAGCAGUGAUGGAUGGUGGAGCCAAUUGCUCAGUUGCUGUCUUGGAGACUUUUGACCACCUAACUCUUGGUCACAUCUGUUGCUCUGAUGACCCACAGCCGGCUAAGAGUUGUUUGGCUUCUCUUCUCAAGGAUGCACCUCUUGAUUACAGUUGUGUUCUAACAGGUGAGAGUGCUGUAGGAGAGCUGAGAAGCAGAACUGUUCAGAGGCUAGAGGAUCUUGUUUCAGAUUUAGAGUGCACUGUUGGUCCUGCAGAUUCAGAGCGACUCUCUGACACAGAUUCAGUACAGAUGUUUCUUGAACUUGAAAAGGAGUGUUUAUAUGAAGAGGGGGGAACUCCUCUAGUUGAGCUGGAGAAUCAAGCCUCUUCUGAAGGGCUGGCCCCAUCCCAGGAUGCAGAAAAUUCACUUGUAAUUAGUUGUUUUCCAGGGGCUGCCUUAGAAAAGGAACAUGUAGGCCUUUUAAAUGUGCUGGCCAAGGACUCUGAUCCUGGAUUGGAUUGUGACUGUUUUAAUGCCCUGGAUUCUUCUCAGGUGCCUAAUGCUAUGGACCUUACUGCCUACUCUGAUAGCAUGAGGGACUCUUCCACUGUUAGUGAGGAGGAGGGUGAAAAAGUGCCUUUUAGCCCCAAGACUGCAGGGGAAUUUCGGUUUAGACACCCAGCUGAUCUUGAGUCACAGGGAAAGCUGGACCGAGGCGAAUUGUCCAAUUCUGAUCACAGGGCUUCUCAUGAAGAAAAUGUAUCAGGCUUUGAAGCCGAGCUGGCCAAAGAAAAUGGCAGUUUGUCCCAGGUAGACUGUGGUGAAGUGGAGGGGAAGGCCGAGGAGUGUGUGGAGAGGGCACCCCUCCGUUCUGCUGUUAGCUGUGAACUAACAGAUGUUCCCUCAGGAUUAGAAGUAGAGGUGUUAUCACAUGAUUCACAUUUCCUAAGGGAGGUUCAUUGGGAAGGUGAGAAAGGAGCUAUUAAUCAAGAAAUUAACAGUCUGCCUUCCUUGGGAGAUGUCGACCCUUGUGACUUGUCCAUGGACCAAGGGUAUGAUGAGGCUGGUGAAGCCCAGGAGCUGGGUUGUGGACCCAGGCUGGAGGGCCGAGCCCCAGCACAUCUUCGUAGAGACUGCCCAGAGCGGCUCUCCCCGGAUCUCCAGAGAAGGUCCCCGGAGUCAGCAAUCCUGAGUCCGCACCUGCUGGUUGGAGGACUGGCACAUAGCAGAGAUGGAGUGCAAACUGUGAAGGACAUAAAGCCCAAGCCGAAUGUGGCCUCAUCAGAGGGAGGGGUGACAGAAUGGAGAGACUCGGAAUCAUUGCUAAAUAUCUUUCUGGAGGAACAAGUUACCAAGGCUAGUCAUACAGAACCAAUUUUAAAGGAAUGGAUACUCAGCCCAGAGAAGCCUGCUCCAGUGGCCGCAGUGCCCACUGUAGAAGAUGCCCUAGAUGCUGCAGGGCCUGCCCCAGCAGGAACUGCUGUAGCUGCUGUUACAGUGCCCUUCCUAGAAGAGAACAUACCAGUUGUUUCAGUGGCCACUGUAGAGGCACAUGUGCCAGCUGCUUCAGUGGUCACCAUAAAGAAGGAUGUCCCAGCUGCUACAGCAUUAGCUGCAGAGAGGCUGCUGCCCCAGCUGUUGCAGUGCCUGCUCCCGAGGGGACUGCUCCAGCUGCUGCAGUGGCCAUCACAGAGGAGGGUGUCCUAGCUGUUGCAGAGUCCUUCCCAGAGAGGACCUCUCCAGUUGCUUCGGUGCUCACCGCAGGGGAUAAUGUCCCACAGAGACCUCUCACCUCAGCUGCUGCAGUGCCUGCUCCAGAGGAGCCUGCCACCCCAGCUGCUGCGGUGUCCACACCUGAGGAGCCUACUACGGUGUCCAGUUCUGAGGAGCCUGCCACCCCAGCUGCUGCAGUGUCCACACCAGAGGAGCCUACAGCCUCACCUGCUCCAGUGUCCCCACCAGAGGAGCCUGCAGCUCCAGCUGCUGCAGUGUCCACCCCUGAGGAGCCUGCAGCCCCAGCUGUUAGAGCACCCACCCCUGAGAAGCCUGCCGCCCCAGCUGUUAGAGCACCCGUCCCUGAGGACCCUGCAGCCCCAGCUGUUAGAGCACCCGUCCCCGAGGAACCUGCAGCCCCAGCUGUUAGAGCACCCGUCCCUGAGGACCCUGCACCCCCAGCUGUUAGAGCACCCGUCCCCGAGGAGCUUGCAGCCCCAGCUGUUAGAGCACCCAUCCCCAAGGAGCCUGCAGCCCCAGCUGUUAGAGCACCCGUCCCCGAGGAGCCUGCAGCCCCAGCUGUUAGAGCAGCCCCCCCUGAGGAACCUGCAGCCCCAGCUGUUAGAGCACCCGUCCCUGAGGACCCUGCAGCCCCAGCUGCUGCAGUGUCCACCCCAGAGGGGCCUGCCACCCCAGCUGUUAGAGCAGCCACCCCUGAGGAACCUGCAGCCCCAGCUGUUAGAGCACCUGUCCCAGAGGAGCCUGCAGCCCCAGCUG